CUGUUUUCAUCACGCAAGAACCAAAAGUGUUUAUUUUACUGGCAAUAUUGAAACAAUCACAUGAUUUUGAGUAAGUCUUUUGAGAUUGUUUGCAAGUUUUUCUCUGCUGCACGUCUGCUUUCCCCCAGCUGGGGGCUGGCUGUUGUAUGGGAAGGCCGGCCACGUCACGGAAAAGCCCUGUCUCUGAUCAGAUGGGCUUAAUAUAAACCAGGUUUGCUGAGAAAGAAUUAAAGAGGCAGUCCCAAAGCAGGAGAGGAUUUACUUCGGCAGAGCUGCUCAGUGUGUCACAGCCCACCGAGAGAGAAGGGCAGGGGGAACAAAGGACUGGACUGGCUGCGGGAGCCUGGCACAAGGGUUAAAAAUGACUCUCAACAACGUUACCAUGCGUCGCACCCACAACAGCAGUCUGCACCAGCAGCAGCAGCGAUGGAGCAUCCCUGCUGAUGGAAAGAAUCUGCUGGUCCAGAAGGACUCCAAUGAGUACAACCCACAGAAACGAUACACCAUCAGUCCUGAUGAAUAUUACAGAAGGAGCUGGUCCUCGGAGUCAUCCGACUCCGUCAUCUCCUCCGAGUCUGGCAGCAGCUGCUACCGGGUGGUGCUGAUCGGGGAGCACGGCGUGGGGAAGUCCUCGCUAGCCAACAUCUUUGCAGGGGUGCACGACAGCAUUGACAGCGACUGUGAGGUGCUGGGAGAAGACACGUAUGAAAGAACUCUGAUGGUGGAUGGGGAGAGUGCGACUGUUAUACUGCUCGAUAUGUGGGAUAACAAGCGGGAGGGAGAAUGGAUUCGAGACCACUGCAUGCAAGUGGGAGACGCCUACUUGAUCGUCUACUCCAUCACUGACCGAGCAAGCUUUGAGAAGGCCUCUGAACUCAGAAUACAGCUCCGCAGGGCACGUCAGAAAGAAGAUAUCCCCAUUAUUUUGGUUGGCAACAAAAGUGACCUUGUCAGAUGCCGUGAAGUUUCAGUGGCAGAGGGGCGAGCCUGUGCCGUGGUGUUUGACUGCAAGUUCAUUGAGACCUCGGCAGCUGUGCAGCACAACGUCAAAGAGCUCUUCGAAGGCAUCGUGCGGCAGGUCCGGCUCCGCAGGGACAGCAAGGAGAAGAACGAGAAGCGGCUGGCACUACAAAAACGGAGAGAGAGCAUCCCCAAGAAAGCCAGGCGCUUUUGGGGCAAAAUAGUUGCCAAGAACAACAAGAACAUGGCCUUCAAACUCAAGUCCAAGUCUUGCCAUGACCUAUCAGUACUUUAAGAACACUGGACUCUGCCAGAGCUUGUGGCAUUUUGUGGACAUUAUCUAACUUUGUCAUAGGACAAUCAAUCAAUCUAUAUUAGAUUGGGCUAUCAGUGACUUAGGUUCACAGUUGUGAUUGUGAUGAUAUGUGCUGGCAUAAGAACAGCACAGUGCAUGGAAAUAGCUCUUCCAUUUUUUUUUUUUUUUUAAUUCUUGUCAGUAGAUUUAAAAGAAAAGUAUAGACCAGAAUUACCCAGAAUUGUGCUGGGAACUGUUCUGGAAUACACCUAUUCUUUCUCCUCUUACCUUUGGAUACUAGUGUAAGAACCUCAAAUGCCAUAACUUGGGAAAUCAAUACUACUGUCUUUACUCUUUUUCCUCAUUAUUAAUAUUUCUUUUUUAAAACUAUGUAAAGAAUUGAGGAACUGACUGGAGAUUGGUCUCUUGUCAGUUGGCUGGUCAGGCUUGAGCACCCACAGCUGAAAAAAAAUGUAUUUUUGUAGAAUAAUCACAAAGACACCUGUUUGGUAUUUUUUCUUUAUUUUGAGGAUUAGUUUCAGUGAGUUUACACAUCUCUUACUUUGAAAAUAUUUAAAGGAAAAAUCCUACAGUCAAACAAAUUUUCCUCUCAUGUUUUCAUAUUAUGAGACUAUUUAAAAAUCAUAGUAAAAUUAAAGUGCAAGUUGUAUCAAAGUGCAUCAAGUGCAGGAUGCCAAACCUUUAAAAAUCACCUGAGCUUUUUUAUGCCACCACAUGGACUUCUUGUAUCGAUCCUUGGCCUUUCUCUAUGCCAGAGCUAUGCUGUAUUUAUUGUCGUGCAAAAUAACAGGCAUUUUAAUGUUGAGGAGAAAUGUAUUUAUUACCAAUUUUCUUAAGAUAAUAAUGUUAAUUUUAUUACUGUUUUCUAUCUAAUAUCUUUUUUCAGAUAUGCAAGUUUUUACUUACAUGCCUUGUAAUAAAAUAAAUAAAAUAUAUGACUGC